UUUGAUGUACAACAACAUUAGAAAGUUGUCUAUGAUUGUUAUUUCACUUUGGUUCCGAUGUCGAAAUAACAGUGAAAGUCAUUAGAAACAAUAAAAAAUUCACGAAAAUGAAUAAAUUAAAAUCGUCACAGAGAGACAAAGUUAAAAAGUUCGUCGCUUUUACACAGACGAGUGAGAGCACGGCAAUAUACUGUUUGUCUCAAAAUGACUGGAAACUGGACUUGGCGAGCGACAACUACUUUCAGAACCCAGAGGCUUACUACAAGGACCCCGUCAAGGCGUCAGUGGACAGAAAGAAGCUCGACCAACUGUUUACAAAGUACAAAGACCAACAGGAGAACGACAAGAUCACUGUUGAUGGUGUUAUGAAGUUUUUAGAAGACCUUAAUUUAAGUCCUGAGUCGAUUUUAGUUCUUAUUAUAGCAUGGAAGUGUAAAGCAGCUGUGCAGUGUGAGUUCACGAAGGAAGAGUUCAUGACUGGUCUCAUAGAGCUUGGAGUGGAUAGCAUAGACAAAUUAAAAGGAAAGUUAGCAACUCUGGAGACAGAAAUAAAAGAUCAAAAUAAAUUCAAAGACUUUUAUCAUUUUACAUUCAAUUAUGCUAAGAAUCCGGGACAAAAAGGUCUAGAAUUGGACAUGGCGAUAGCCUAUUGGAAUAUUGUGCUCCGUGGGAGGUUUAAGUUCCUAGAUGCUUGGUGUAAAUUUCUCACGGAGCACCAUAAAAGAUCCAUACCAAAAGACACAUGGAAUCUACUGUUAGACUUCGCGACACAGAUAGACGAUGGCAUGAGCAACUACGACGCGGAGGGCGCGUGGCCAGUGCUCAUAGACGACUUCGUGGAGUGGUGCCAGAAGCAGGGUCUGACCGCGGACGCGGUUAAAGCGAUGGAGCCGGCGUCCGGCUAGCUGAGCUCGCACAGGCGAGAGACGGCGCGCGAGCACGUACACGAGGCCCCCUUGGCCCGAUCCAAGAUGGCCGCCUGCUGCACGUAUGCCGCGCUGCUGCUCUCCCGCUUCGUGCUCUACGGUCUCGAGCUGUGUACAGUCGAGUGGCUCGCUAUCCUAAUAGUUUUCGAGUUGUGUAGCUGACUAAAUCGUGACGUGACAAGAGUGGACACUGCUGGGAAUUUCAUUUGGCAUCGUGAAUUUGGAAUCUGGAACUCUAGUCGGCGAGGGUCAUUCGGAAACAUGUUCGAGUUUCAAUAGUUUGUAGUUAUGGUUAUGAUCGAGAGUGUUUACUAAGUGCAGUCAAAUGUAGAAUGUUUCUUGCCAAUUGAAAUUUCCAUGUAUAAGUUAAUCUUCACUCAACUGUAUAUAGCUCUCGUACUUUCGUCCGCUAGGUAAAUUCUUGUUGACCUGUCUUAACAAACUAAAUGAAUAGGAUGAGUUUUUUGUUCAAUAAACGAAAGUUAUUUAUAAUAAUAAGAAUUUUUCAAAAAAUAUUUCAGAAUUUUUCAACUUGGUUUUCUUACGUUAUAGAAUAGUAUGCCGUUUAAAAUUUAAGAUGUAAAUAUGUAUAUACACAUUAAUGAUAUUACAUUUUUUUAAUUAUAACAAGCUUAGAUUUUUCUGUUUUAGUUUUUUUAGCUUCCCAAUUUCGACAAGAUGAAUGUAAUGCUGAUAUAUUGAUUUCAAUAAUAAUAAUUAUAUUAACUCAAUUAUUUGCUCAUUUAUUUGAUGUUGGAAUUGUCACUAAGUGUUAUAUGCCUAAAGUGAAUUUAUUUUUAUUUAAUUAAUAUCGGGUGGAGUGCAAUUUUGACACGAAUAAAUGUGCAAUAAGGUUCAAUUUCCUAUCAGUUUCUAUUCUGGAUUGUUGUAUGUUAAUCUUGAAGUAACAAUUACAUGGGCAACACAUUGGAAGAAUGUUUAUGCAUUGUAUAGAGGUUGACAGUAGAUUCCAAGUCAUAUAGAAGGUAAUUAAGGUCUAGUUCACUUUAAAAUAUAAUAUAGAGCUGUGCACAUCACAGGAGGGUUGCUACCUCAGAGGAAUUGACCAUUAACUAAGUAGUUUGACGAUAGAUACACGUAAAGAAGUGACUAGAUUUAACUGACAAUGGUAUAAGAACAUUUGUACUGUGAAAACGACCAAUAAUCGUUAUUGAAUCAGUUAUAAUAUAAAUCGGAACCACUGAAGAGCUAUUCAAAUGAUAACACCAAGUAGUUUUGAUUAGGUACUUAACAUAUAUCAUUUAAUGUGCAGGUAAUGUUGGUCAACCUUUUAUCCAAUUUCUUUAUUCGACUUUCAACUUUAUUAUUUCCCAAUAAAGUUGAAAAUCAAAUGAAGAAAAACCUGUAGGAGUAUCUUGACCAGCUGGCCACUGCUUACCUGCCUACUUGAUAUAGAUGACACAUAUUCUAAAACUAGAAAUUACGAUACGUUCUUAAUACAUAAUAUCGUAGAUAUUGUACCAAUCAAAAGGGUCAAACCAAAUGCAGCUACAAAGUAGUGGCAUAGAUAUUUUCAUUUAAUAUAAAACGUUCUAUUUUAUCCAAAAACUUCUAAUACAAAAUUAAUUUCUAUGAACCUCGUAAUAUGAGUCAUUUUGCUCUGCCCAACAGCACUUGGUUUCGUACACCAUUGCUACAAAGUGACCUGUGCAUAGUUAAGCCUUAAAUUAUAUUUCGUAGAUUCUAUUUUCGGGUGACGCGUAGCUAUGUAAAUACUCUGACUGGUAUGAAAGUCGAAUCUUAGAUUGUGACUUCAAAAUCAGCUCUUAUUACCGUGUAAUAAAGUUGAAUUGGGGUUACAACUUAGUAUAAAAACUUUUAGAACCAUUCUAUUAGGCUAUUGCACUUGCUUUGCUAAGUUUUUGGAUUAACACGAUCUUAUUCGACAGAAGCGCCAUCUAGUAAAAGCAAAAAUGGUAGGAAACUCCAUUAAGUUUUACAAAAGAAAAAUACUCAAAUUAUAUAAUAGUGACGUCAUGCCUAAAAAUUUUGCCUCGAAACUGCAUUUGGUGCUGACCAAAACCUACUUCCCUUUGUCUCCUAGACUUAACGAUUUUAACCUUAAUUAAUAUUUUCAUUAAUAAGGUUCAAGUUGGUGUGUAGAAACUUUUUAAUAUUACAAUAUGAGCGUGAUCUGUGAUUAUUGAAUUUCAGGACUUAAUUGUAAUGCUGUCCUUACAAAUAUAGUAUUAAACCGUAUUUUAAAUAUUGAAGCCGAUUGUCCUUUAUACUAACUGAACUUCUUUGUGAGAAAAAGAGAGCAAUAAUACAAUUCAUAUUGCUUUCUCUUUCUGGUGUUUUUAUACGUUUAGAUUGUGCACAAGACAGUCGGUUAUGAUCGAACAAAACUUUUCUACGAUUAUCCCUUUUUAUGGUGUCCUGAGGCUUUAGUACAAAGUUUGUUUUACGUUUAAUUAAAGUAAUCGUAAUGAGUACGCGUUCGGCACUCUGAUUAGUUGCUUCAUUGGUGCCGACCAAUCAGAGGCCUUAGUACGGAUUUGUUUUACGUUAAAAGUAAUCGAAACGAGACUGCCUUGCCCACUCCGAUUGGUUAGGUUCAUUGGAGUUCAUUGGAGCCGGCCAAUCAGAGUGCCGAACGCAUACUCGUUUCGAAUACUUUAACCUCUCGCGCGUCUCGUACAUGUGUUUAAUAGAAAGUGAAUGUACUAUACUGUUCAAUCAAAUAAAGAACGGGUUGCAACUUGAAAAUAUAGGUACAUUACACAAAAAGUUUCCAAUCGGUGCAAGUCACUCUCGUACACCCGUCUGUACAAUUGCGGCGAUGGGCACUCCACUCUCUCGUACACCAAAUUCGUACUAAAGCCUCUGAGGGUAGUUGUCCAUUGGUCGAAUUGUAAAACGUAACUGUCUACAUAUUGUCGUGGUAUAACUACAAUACCGUUAUUGUUUUGAAGACCACAGAAAACCGCGGCAAAAAUUUAAAACGAUGGAAUUUUUCGAUGAAAACAUUAUAGACCUAUUUGAGAUUUCCAAAACAGAUCUAUUCAUUUUUUUGUUAAUAAUAUAGCAUUAAAAGAUGAUUUCGACCAGAUAUUGGAUAAUCGGUAUUUUAGUUAUUAGUACCACGACAGUAUAACCAAAAUAUUAUUGUCAUCCAUUCUACUAAAAUGCUCGACUAUCCUCCACCAUAAAUUAAGAAGAAAAUAACAAGAAUUCUAAAUAACAUGUUGUAUGGUUUGUGCCUAAAAUAAAGAAUAACUUUGUCAGU